ACAACACGCACCGAUCACUUCUGAAAGGCCAGUGGCUCGUACGAGGUAUACUCAAGUCCCGCAGAAGGCCACAGAGCAAAGCCCAUAGGAGUGUGAGCAGCGACACAGCAUUCCUUCAACAUGGUUCCGCUCCGGACACUCUGUACUCUGACGAAAUUCGAUCCCCGACCGAGCUUAUCAGAGGAUGGUUAUCACCUCGGAGCAAAUAUACUUUCUCCUGGUCUGCUCCGGUUUCAUCCCGCCAGGCGUAUCCGACAGUCUGAUAAGCAAUACUGCAGAAAGCCCCUAUUAUUGGCAGAUCCGUCUGUGAAGGUGUUUAUCAGUCAACCAAGCCCGAAGAUCCGUUUGGUCCGGGGUUGUCAUUCGGAUGAACAAUGAACGGCAAGCUAUUGCUUAGGUGUCCUGUCUGUUCUUCUGAUCGCCGUUGCAGCUAGCAAGGGUCGGGGAAUCUUCCAAUCACAAUGUGAGUGUUACGGUGUUAUCGACAUGGUGCGGGAAAAGCAAACAUACGAAAAGCAAUUUGCCUGUGACGUAUCUUCAUGGGUACAUCAACAGGGUAGCAGACAGCAUGUAGUUUAAA